UUUGAUUGCAUUUUGGUUUUGGACUUGGGUUGGUUCUUGAAUCAGACAAUUUACCGAUUUGUGAUUUUAAAGUUAAACAUUCAUAUUGUUUCAUUAGUAUUUCAUGAAGUGCGUGCAAUAAAAAAAUAUUGACAUAAUCUUGCUUAGUCUGUUGUACUAGUUUGUAAGAAAUGGGUAAUAUCCAACUUGAUAAUUUUCCAAACUUGUUUGAAUACAUACAUAGAUAGAAUAUUGAGUGAAGAUUUCAUAAAACUUUUAAAUUAUCUUUCACCAAUUUACCAAGAUGAUUCCUUCAGAUUUUGAUUCGUCAUGCAAUCCUGUAAACUUCUUAGCUCAGGAGACCUGUAAGCCAAGGUAUCAUGGCUGCGAUGGAGGAAAACAUGAGCCUAGUACGAUUUUCCAAGAACCAGCACCCACUCAGAAUUCGGUUUCUGAUCAGGAUUGCAGUGGCUUCGAUAUUGUCAAGGCUACUCAGUACGGAGCAUUGGAGAGGUGCCGGCAACUGAUUGAAGCUGGCUACGAUGUGAACAAGCCCGACAACGAAACUGUGACGCUGCUCCAUUGGGCAGCCAUCAAUAAUCGACAGGAAAUCAUCCGCUACUUCAUUUCGAAAGGAGCCGUAGUCGAUGCUGUUGGAGGAGAACUCCUUGCCACUCCACUGCACUGGGCCACCAGACAAGGCCACCUUGCCAGCGUGACCCUGCUGAUGCAGUACGGCGCGGACCCGUCGCUGCGUGACGGCGAGGGCUGCUCGUGCAUCCACCUGGCCGCCCAGUUUGGGCACACCGCCAUCGUCGCCUACCUCGUCGCCAAGGGCGUCAACCCCAACAUGCACGACCGCAACGGCAUGACGCCGCUCAUGUGGAGUGCGCACAAAGUCAACAGUUUGGACCCAACAAGACUGUUGCUGACCUUUGGUGCAUGCACGACGGUGCAGGAUAAGUACAAACAGAAUACUGCGCUGCAUUGGGCCAUUCUAGCCAAAAACCACACUGCUGUGUCGACGCUAGUCAUGCAUGGUGCCAGUCUUGACAUUGCAAAUGCUCAGGGUAAAACACCUUACUCUAUGCUGAUGAACGACAAGUGCGCUCCUUGGGCUGGCAAGAAAGUGAUGGAAAAAGUAAUGGAGCAUACCGUAUCAAAUAGAAAUCAACAUUCCUGUCUCCGAUUUUCCAAAGACAAAUGUGCCAUUUGGUUUAAAAAGAGGUUACGCUAUUGGUGUAUGAUAGGAACGCCAUUUCUAGUGUUCUACGGUGUGGGGCAGACGUUCCAGGCUGAUUUGCUGUACCCAGUGAAGACUGGCAUCCUGAUCUCCGGCUACUUCUGCCUCUACUUUGCCGAUCGCUUCCUCUUCGAUGAUCGGCUCAUGAAUGUCCUACCAAUGGCUGUUUAUUUAGCUACUAAGUUUUGGAUGUAUGUAACCUGGCUAGAGAAAAUAGCUCCAGCCGUUGAUUUCUUGGAGUCACUUCUUUUCUUCAGCUGCUCUCUUCUGCUGUGGCAUUUCUUCCUAAAGUCGUGGAGGGGUGAUCCAGGCAUUGUGGCUAACACUCAAGAUCAAAAGUUCAGAACAAUAAUAGAAUUGGCCGAACGAGGAGGUUUCGAGCCUCAGUGGUUCUGCAGUUCCUGUCUUGUGCGCCGACCAAUCAGGUCGAAGCAUUGCUCAGUUUGCAAUCACUGUGUGGCCAAGUUCGAUCACCACUGUCCGUGGGUCGGUAAUUGCAUAGGAGCUAGAAAUCAUAAGUACUUCAUGGGCUACCUUAUGAUGCUUCUCACAAUGUGCUUGUUCCUAUUAUGGGGUUGUUUCCAAUACUAUCCCUACAUUUGUUCAUUGGAGUCUGAAGAAUUUGACUUUUGGGCCAGGUUAUGGGGCUAUGCACAAUGUGACGCGUGGGUGGCUUGGGUCGGUCUAAACGCUUUUCUGCACAGCAUUUGGGUGGCCACGCUAUUUUGUUGUCAACUCUACCAGAUAAGUAUUCUCGGGAUGACGACGAACGAACGCAUGAACGCCUCCCGUUACCGACACUUUUCACUGCCGUCGCUGGGCGGCGCCUCACGCAGUAGUCCCUUCCACCGCGGCGUCUGCCUCAACCUAGUCGACUUCUUCCAGCUGCGGUGCUUCGGCCUGUUCAGGCCAGACCCCACCGAUUGGCUCACGCGCUACCACGUCAAAACGCCUGUCGAACAAGAACCGCUUCUCACCGACAAGGAAAACUACCAGUACGUUUAGAGGAAACCAAUGGAAUCAAGUUCCAUGACAUUAACACUAUAGUACACUACUGUACCAAAGGUUUUUAGCGAUUUGAAGGAUUUUACGGUAUGUCGGUUAUGCACAAUGCUUUUGUAAUUAUAUUAUGAUGGAUACUGUACAAUUAUGUAAAUAUUUGUUAUAAAUUAAUUGAAUAAUUUAAUGUUAGGUAAUAUUAUAUAGGUACUGUUAGAAUCGCUAGGCACUUUGAAUUAUUGUAAAUGCACUGUAAUUUCUUUUUACUAAAUAAUGCUUCUACAGAAACUUAGAAACAUAAUCAAGCGUGUAAAUUCACGCCAAAUAUAUCUCACCUCUAUCUUGAGGUAUCCAAGAUGCAACUAAUUAUAUAUUCAAUAUAAGUUAUAAAAAUAAAGUGAUUUCUAGCGUAUGACUGGAAUAAUUCACUAUUCAAGUUGACAGAACUAGUUACUACUUUAAAUGAUCUGAAUCAUUCUGAUUCAAAAUUAGCUUAUUCAAAAUUUUUAAAAAUUGUCCUACAUGUUUCAAAUAUGCAUUUUAAUUCAAAGAUUCAAUACUAGUAUUUCAAUAAUAAGACGCGUCAUGAU